AUGAACUGCAGAUAUAAUAUUCAGCCGCAGCUCAGGAUUAAUCAAACGCCUUCAAAACCAGAAAAACAAAAAGAACAUCUCAUUCUUUUGUGGUCCCGACCUUUUGGGGAAGAGUUUCCACUCAACCAGUGUCCAGUAUCUUCCUAUGGAGAUCCAUGCAUAUUUACUGACAACAGAAGUUUUUAUCAUUUGGCAGAUGCAGUGGUCAUCCAUCACAGAGAAGUGAGCUCCUCAAAGUUACUGUUGCCACCAAGUCCAAGACCUGAAAAGCAAUACUGGGUUUGGUUUAAUUUGGAGUCCCCAAGCAAUUGUCCAAAUUUGAACAUGAUGAAUAGAAUAAUUAACCUCACAAUGACUUACCGAGCUGAUUCUGACAUCUUUACUCCUUAUGGCUGGAUAGAGAGACAUGAUGGGACUAAACUCUUCAGCAUACCAGCAAAAUCUAAGCUUGUAGCUUGGGUUGUGAGCAACUGGAACCCAAAUUAUGAAAGGUCUAAGUACUAUGAAGAUCUAAAACAUCAUAUAGACAUUGACGUCUAUGGAAGACAGCAUAUGCCAUUGCCAAAAGCCAACCAGUCUUUCAUUCUGUCCAAAUACAAGUUUUACUUGGCUUUUGAAAACUCUAGAGACACUGAUUAUAUUACAGAAAAGCUUUGGAACAAUGCUUUUCUUUCAGCAUCAGUGCCAAUUGUAAUGGGGCCUUCUCGUGAAAACUAUGAACGUUUCAUUCCUCAAGAUUCCUUUAUUCAUGUCGAUGACUUCUCUGAUGCCCAGCAGUUAGCUGCUUACAUUUUAGAACUUGACAAAAACAAUGAAAAGUAUCAAUCCUAUUUCCGAUGGAGAAAUGUUUUUAACCCUAAAAUACCCAACGACUGGAGUACGUUCUACUGCAAAAUGUGUAAGGCAUUCAAAGGUGCUCCAUCUUAUAGAAUCAUAUCCAACCUGGAAAAAUGGUUUACAACAUCACUUUCUAGCAAAUAA